AAGGUGGGGGCAUAUGACGACGAUUAUGCUGUCUGCGUGACUGGCCCUAUUGUCUUCAGAUAGCGGCGUAGCUGUCCGGAGGAAACAAAUUGUCAUCAUGUUCUUAGUUCCCGAAGCGUUCGCCAAAUUCUAUCAUGACAGGGCAGACCACAGGAGUGACGACUGGUUCCUCAUGGGCUCGCCCUGGCCUGUGCUCUGCAUCGCCGCUUCCUAUGUGUACUUCGUGACGAACCUGGGACCCCGAUUCAUGAAGAACAGGAGUGCCUUUCACGUGGACCCCAUCGUCCGAGUCUACAACUUGCUGCAGAUAUUUCUGUGUCUCUGUUUGUUCAUAGUCGGUCUUAACGUGGUCUGCGGAAGGACGUUUCGCUUUAUCUGCCAACCAGUUGAUUACUCAAACACGCCACAUGCGAUUCGUAUGGCGAGGCUGGCCUGGUUGUACUUUCUAUUGAAAGUCCUGGAUCUCUGUGACACGGUGUUUUUCAUCCUGCGGAAGAAGAGUGGCCAAGUGUCCUUCCUGCAUAUGUAUCACCAUCUGAUGAUGCUGCUGACAGUGUGGACUGUAAACAAGUUUUGUCCAGGUAAUAAGAUGACUGGUGAUUCUUGCAGACACGUAAAGAAAAUAAGUUUUCUGGGUAUUUAUACACUUCUGUUGGUUAAUAUAAUUAUAGAAUUUUAAAACAUUAUUCAAUUCAAUUAUUUAUUAAUAGUGCCAAUUAGAUAUACGGCACAAGACGACAACAACAACAACAACAUAUUGAAAUG